ACUUCCAUUUUCUCACACUAUAGCUAGCUAGAAGAUCCAUUUUACAAAGAAAAUAUGGCUUAUAAUUUUAGGCUAUUUCCUUUGUGUUUUUUGUUGUUUUUAUUGCUAGUGAAUAAUAGUAUAAUAUGUCAAGAAGAAGGAAGUGGAACAAGGAGUACAUUGGUGCCAGCCAUGUUCAUAUUUGGUGACUCAUUGAUAGACAAUGGAAACAACAAUAACCUAGCUUCUUUAGCAAAGGCUAACUAUUUUCCUUAUGGAAUUGAUUUUAAUGGUGGCCCUACUGGUCGUUUCUCCAAUGGUCUCACCAUGGUUGAUGUUAUUGCUGAAUUGCUUGGACUACCUUUGAUUCCACCAUACUCCCAGGCUUCUGGAGACCAAAUGAGAUUUGGAAUCAAUUAUGCCUCUGCUGCUGCUGGCAUUCUUGAUAAUACUGGCAGAAAUUUUGUAGGGCGCAUUCCAUUCAAUCAACAAAUCACAAAUUUCGAGAGCACACUGAACCAAAUAAGAAACAAUAAUGGAGCAGCAGAUGUGGAAGAGGCUGUAGCCAAAUCUAUUUUCUUUGUUGGAAUGGGAAGCAAUGACUACCUUAACAAUUACCUUAUGCCUAAUUAUAAUACAAAGAAUCAAUAUAAUGCUCAAGAAUAUGCUACUCUCUUAACUCAACAGUAUAAUCAACAGCUUACAAGAUUAUAUAAUCUUGGAGCAAGAAAAUUUGUGAUUGGUGGAGUAGGACUAAUGGGUUGUAUUCCAAGCAUUCUUGCACAAAGUCAAAAUGGUGCAUGUUCAGAGGAAGUGAAUCAACUUGUUCUUCCAUUCCAUAACAAUGUUAGAUCAAUGCUCACCAACCUAAAUACCAAUCUUCCUGGCUUCAAAUUUUCUUACAUUGACAUUAGGAAUAUGUUCCAAGAUCUCCUUACUAAUUCCAGACAAUAUGGAUUUAGUGAAGUAAAUCUUGGAUGCUGUGGGGUAGGGAGAAAUAGAGGGCAAAUAACAUGUCUACCAUUCCAAACACCAUGUUCUAACAGGGAACAAUACAUAUUUUGGGAUGCAUUUCAUCCAACUGAGGCAGUAAACAUCUUGUUUGGAAGGAAGGCUUUCAAUGGUGGACCUGAUGUUGUUUAUCCAGUGAACAUUCAGCAACUUGCCACUCUCUGACUUGAUGCUAUGGGAGGAAAUUGAAUUUCUUCAACUAAUGCUCAUCUAUGUGUAGUGAACUGAGCUCUCUCUUUCUGCUUUGUUUUUGUGGGUAUUUUUCUAUAUUUAGUUGAGAAUAUUAUCUUUGUUCUGCGUGGAAUAUUGUGGAGAAUCAUGAGACAGUUGGUGAUAUAUUAAUUAGGAAUGUGUGAGAAUCUACAAUUUUAUCAAUUAUUCAAAAGAUUUAUCAUAUUUUGACUGCAA